AUGCCUAACAAGAUCCAAGACCUCCACACCGUCGACGACAAGUCUUUUGACUAUGUGUUCGAGCAGAAUGCUACCGUUGAGUUGAAGUCAAGCGAUGGCUUGGUUCGUGUCAAUGUUUACAGACCGAAGACAACUGAAAAGGUCCCUGUCCUAAUCACAUAUGGACCUUACGGAAAGGACAUCCCGUAUGCCGACUUCCACGCAAAGAGUUACUCAGAAGUCAACCCUGAGCACAAGUCAACACACUCGGCAUGGGAGACUCCUGAUCCUGCAUUCUGGACCAAGAACGGAUACGCUGUAGUCCGUGCUGACGAGCGUGGUCUGGGUCAAUCUCCUGGUCUCCUUGACACUAUGUCAAGAGGCACCUCAGAAGCCUUCUUCGAUGUAGUCGAAUGGGCAUCGGAGCAAGAGUGGUCGUCUGGAAAGGUCGGUCUUCUUGGUAUCAGUUACUUCGCCGGCUCUCAAUGGCGUGUGGCUGCCAGAAACCCUAAGGGUCUUUCUGCUAUUGUCCCCUGGGAGGGUAUGUCGGACUACUACAGAGAUCGCUGCCGUCACGGCGGUAUUCUCUCCAACCAGUUCAUCAGAUUCUGGUGGAAUCGCCAGAUCAUCACCAACCAAUACGGAAAGCCUGGACGUAAGGCAAACAACUGGGGCCCAGACACCAUUGAAGGUGAUCUGUCAGAAGAGGAGAGAGCUGCAAACAGACAGGAUCAGAACAUCGAUAACCAGAACAACUACUACCGCGACGACCCUUACUACGCCUCAAAGGAAUAUGACAUGGGUGACAUCAAGGUCCCUCUCCUCUCAGUCGCCAACUGGGGUGGUAUCCUGCUCCAUCUCCGCGGCAACAUCGAAGGCUUCGCUCAUGCGGGCUCCGAGUUCAAGUACCUCCGCUGUAUCACUGGCCGUCACGAUCUUCCCUUCUACUACAGCGAAGAGGUUGAAAUCCAACGCAGCUUUUUGGAUGCCUUCCUCAAGGGCGAGGACAGAGUUGGUUGGGCCACCAAGGGCAAAGUCCCCAUGGUAGACAUGGUCCUCCGCAAGGGCGAUGUUGGCUUCAACGACUCCAAAGCAGAGCAAACAUACCCUAGAAGACAAGAGAACGAAUGGCCCAUUGCCAGAACACAAUACACAAACUACUACCUCACACCAGAGAAGGGACUUACCACAUCUACUCCCUCAGAAAAGGCAAAGCUUGGUUACAGAGCUUUGGGCACGCUUGACAAGCCGGAGAUGAUUCAAUUCACCACUCCUGCUUUCGAACAGGAGACAGAGAUCACUGGACACAUCACAGCUCGUCUCAACGUCUCCUUGACCCCUGACACCACUGGACCCACACCCACCGACAUUGAUGUAUUCGUCACCCUCAGACACAUCUCUCCCGAGGGUAAGGAGGUCUUCUACACAGGUACUGCCGGCGAUCCCGUACCGCUUUGUAAGGGAUGGCUCCGCGUAUCCAUGCGCAAGACCAACCCCGAACACUACAAGCAUCGCCCAUACCUCCCCCACAGAGACUACUUCAGCACCGAUAAGCAGCCCGUCAUCCCUGGAGAGGUAUACCCAGUCGACAUUGAAGUCUGGCCCACUCAGGUCGUUGUCGACAAGGGUGGGAAAAUCAUCUUCGAGGUUGCCAGUGGUGACACCCAAGGCUCGGGUAUCUUCGGUCACAACGACUCCGUCGACCGCUCAGAAGCCAAGCUUAAGGGUACCAACUUCAUCCACUUCAGCGACAAGUUCACCAACUAUGUCACUCUCCCUAUCAUUCCUCCCAAGGAGUCAUAA